AUGCAUCCCAGCGCCUCCAUGUACGAUGCUCCUCCUCCCUACGACGAGGUAAAGGCCCAGACUUCAUCGCAAGGAGAGGAAUCGACCGUGCAGGGUGGAAGUCAAUCAAAUCGGCCACCACCGUAUGACGGCGAACGAACACUUCCUCGUGACCUCGAUUUCCUUCCCAAAGUCGAAGUGGUUUCAUCGAAACGUUGUGGAUGCUCUGUGAUUCGUGCCCAACCCGGCUCGGAACAUGACGGGCAGCAAACUACAGUUCUGUGUGAUGACUGCAGACGUGUAGAAGAACAGGUCGAUGGUUCCUGGGACAAGUGCUGUGCUCAGGUUGCUGCUGAAGUAAUGAUAAGGCUAGCGUUCGACUUAUGCUUGGCUCUGAUCUGCCUCAGAUAA